AUGAAUUCAGAUGGUUCUAAAAUAAUGGAGGAUGAUUCUUCUGAUUAUAUAGCUAUAAGUCCGGAUGGUUCUUAUUCUGCGACAUUUAAUUCAGAAUCUUAUGAACUUAAAAUUUACGACGUAAAAAAGUUUAACAAUGACGAUAACAAUAUUACACCUCCUAUUCACACUAUCGAUUUACGUAAGGAAAUCAAUACAUCUGCGAACUAUUAUUAUUCUUUGGCCAUUUCCGAUUACGACCAACUAUACGUAUACGUAGCUGUAUCACGUUUUUGCGAAAAUACUGGUUUGAUCGACAAUGCAGAUACAGAAAAAGGUUUUGGUACUAUAGAUAAUCGCGGUGGGGUUGUUAGAUUUUUGAGUAAUUGUAAGUCAAAAAAACCUGAUAUAUUGAACGAAUUUACUAAAUUAAUUUCAAUGAACUCUUCUGGAUUAGAAGAAUAUGAAUUUCCAACAAUCACUCAAGUUAAAAUUGAUAAUUUAUAUCAAAUAUAUCCUUGUACGAGAUUUUUAUAUAAUAUUGUUGAGAAAAAUUAUUUAUUUGUUCAAGAUUAUAAGAAUCAAAGACUUGAAUUGUAUAAUUUACAAUCCUUGGAUUUAGAAUUGAUCUGCCGACAGCGUGAUGACAUUUCUUCUUUCUCGCAUGCGCGUGAAAAUCCCAUCUUUUCCAUUUCAAAAAAUGGUCACUUAUUAGCAUACUGUAAUGGUUCAAAGAGUAUUACGAUUCAUUUAAUGGAAAAUGGACUUGAGAUUACGACGAAAGAAUUUCUUUACGCAUACAAAAUCCUUUUAAUUUCAUUUAUUGACGACGAUGAAAGAUUAUUCGUUGUCGCUGAAGAUGAUAAAUUCACUCUAAAAAUAUAUAUUUGGGAUAUUUUCACUUCAAAAGAAAUUUUUAAAAUUGAUGUAGAAGAUGGAAUAACCGACAUUUUUAGCUCCCUACAAAAGUAUGAUAAUCACUCAAUAGCUUGUUCAAGUGGAAAAAUACUCGCUUUACAGGGUGGGGAAAUUUGUUCAGUCCUCGAAUUGUCGGUCUUUGAACAUAAAUUAAGGCCUUCUGAAGAACCACAAGAACUUCGCUCAAUUGUCAUUAAUCAAGCUGAAAAAAGUUCAUUUGAAUCCGAUCAAAUCCAUAAACUAGACGGAACAGGGUUGCCAGGGUUGCCUAAAGAAGAGCCUAGAUCAUCAGUAUUGAACGUUAGUGAACCUUGGAUUCAUGAAAAACAACGUAUACGUAUUUCUUUUCUUGAUGAAAACGUUCAACUUAUAAUUGGAAAAACAACAGUUCAAGUUUGGAGUAACGAUAAAGACUUAGAUUAUAUUUGGGUGAAUCUAAGCAAUAAAAAUAUUAUAGUUGAAUCACUAAAGAUUGGAAAGCAUGAAUUUAAUUUAGAUUUGUCAUGGGAUGUUUCAAAUAAUGAAAGGAAUGAAACGGGAGAAGAUAAACAUAAUAUUCAUUGGCCCAAUAAAAUUCAUGUCCUCAAAGACGCAUGCGUUGCUAUGGAGUAUCUUUAUAAAAGAAAAGACGAACCUGUAGGGAUAGAACGUCUAACCAAAUACAAAGAUUUGGUCGCUGGCACGGAAAGACUUAUUAAAAAAUGUAUCAAAGAACAUCCGGGUUUAUGGAGUUUAUCUGAAGUACGAUAUGACAUAAUGGCCAAUAUCAUACGAUCAAAGAAUAUAUCGUUGUUAGAUCAGAUUCUAUUCGAUUUAAAAGUAACAGACGGCAAAAAAACGAGAGUCAGUCGUUAUUUACAUAUUCCAAGGGAAAAAAAAUGGUUUAUGGAAGAUGAAGAAAGUGAUUUGAAGCUUGCUAUUAAAGAAUCUUCAGGUGGACAUCGUAGAGAUAAAGUUAUCGUCGCCAUGUUGCUCGAAUAUUAUUCAAAUAAUGCGGAAAAAGAUACGGGUUGGAUGUUUACGUUGACAAAGGCACUUCCUUUGCUCCAAAGUGACUUUGAAUCUUAUUUAAAGGAGUUAUUUUACAAACCUUGCUUUGGAUCCAAAGAAGAAAAUGUGGAUUCAAGAUUUGUGGAUCAAAAUAAAUUGUACAAAGGAUAUAAAUCGCAAAUAUGUUCAUUAAAUGUGAGACCACGACUUCUUUUGGUGCCAAAAAAGUGUUCAUUGUGGAAUAAAUUUAUGACGAAUCCUCUUAAAUGGAUUCCAAAUAUACUGAAAUAUAUACAAAAACCGAAUGUAAUAAUUCAAACAGAAAGGAAACAAGUAAAGACGACGACGUUACGUGUGGUUCCAUUACCAGAUUUUACUGUUUAUCAAAAUGAGACAGAUAAAACAGAUAAAACACCCAAUCAUUUGAUUAUCAUUAAAUUUAUCAGACUCAUGAUAUGGCCAAGAGGUUAUGUUAAUAAAAAAAAGUAUUAUAGCCCUUUUUUGCAACUAAUAAAUAAAAAAGAAGGGGGUCUGUUAUAUGAGCUAUAUGAUAAUCCAGCAAUGGAAGCAUGCAUUAAUUUUAAGUGGCAAGCAGCGCAAUAUCAUUUUUUACGUCAAUUUUUCUUAUUCAUAGCUUUUUCGUUAUCGUUUGCUAUUAUUUCAGGAAUAAUCCGAAAUCCACAUGUUUAUCCUUCAGACCAAUAUAUAGCAUAUAUAAUUUUUUUUUAUCUUGGAUAUUAUCUUUUAGCGGAGGAAAUUGUACAAUGUAAACACGAGACAUUACAAAGAUAUUUUAGCAUAUAUAAUUUACUUGAUGUAGUUUCAAUUCUUCUCGCAAUAGCUACGAUGAUAUUCUUUCUUGCAGGGAAUAAUGACAAUAUAGAUGGUCAAAGAAAUCUCGUUAUUACGCAAGCGUUUGCGGUCUUACUUUUAUGGCUUGAAUUAUUAUGUUUGACGCGAUAUUUUGAGGGUACUGCAAUUUAUAUCAGCAUGAUUUUAAACAUUUUAAAAGCUAUUUGGCCAUUCCUAAUUUUUAUGUUGAUGACGACCGUUGCUUUCGGUCAUGCAAUGCAUAUCGUAUUAAACAAUCCUAAAAUUAUUGAUGUGAAACCUAAGGGCGACAUUAAUGUUGAUGAUCAUGCCGAAAAUUAUUAUUCAUCAUUUGUCUAUUCUAUUUAUGGGGCUUAUUUUUGGGCCCUUGGAAGAUGGGAUCAAUUAGAGAAUUGGGAUUUCUGGCCGGUUUAUGCAAUCAGUAUAGCCGCAAGUGUUUUAUUAGUCAUUAUCAUGCAGAAUUUGUUGAUUACAUUUAUGUCGGGUGUAUAUGAGAUUGCAAAACAAAAUGGAAAAUUAGCGGUCUUAGGUUACAGAGCUGAUUUAAUCGCUAAUUAUGAAACGGUAGAUAAACCAACUGGUAGCUAUAGAGGGAAUCCGAGAUAUAUUUAUUAUGUUGGAAGUUCGGAAUAUCAAGAGGAAUGGCUGGAUAAAGCCGAAAAUUAUAGGAAAACACAUACAUCAUUAUUAUUUGAUGAUGUUAUUAGCCAAGGAUUAUCCGAUGACAAUUAUGUUACGAAUGAAAGCCAAGAUGUUAAGCAAGAUGAGAUAAAGUCAUUGCAAGAUGUUGUUGGAAAGUUGCAUUCUUUAGAAGAUAAGAUUGAAAAACUGACACGUUUAUUAAUACUAAAAGAGACAUGA